AUGGAGAAAUCUCAAGUUGGGAAAAUCUCCUUUCGGUUGGCUUUAAGUCGCCAAGUUUCCUCUUCUUGUCAAGCUGGUCGAAAGCGGAAGACCCCCACGUCGGUCAACGAAACCAACGCCGAAGCGAAGACUCUCCAAGCCGCGCACGAUACCAAUUCUGUAGCGAUUGUCGGCUGGAUUUUUACACCCUUGAAUUCCUCGCAAGAAUACUUACUUUCUGUUUCGAUGACCUUGGCUAAGAAAACGUGCGAUGCGGCUCGAUUUCAACAAACCGUGCGCUUGGAUCGUUACGUUCAAUUUUUCCUUGAGGCUCAACCUGCAUCGGCGGAGCAUCCUGACCCAAUGAACGUGGUUCUGCUGGAAGUUCCAGAUGAUGCCCUCAGCAUUGUUGACCCGGGGAGUCCAUGCAACACAUUUUUCGAUUCUGCAAUCGAUGUUUGGACGUUGCAACAGACGCGGCGUUUGGAAGUUAUGAAUCGGCAAGAAAACGUAGCGUCGAGUCGCACUGAUGCGUACACUAUUCGAGCAAAGGUGCACGCAGUUUCACCCAUCAUUGCGAUGGACACCUCGAAUCCAUUCGUUUUGAUGGAACUUUUUGAUUAUCAUGACGAUGAAAGCAUCCUCUCGUGUGUCGCUGUGAUUCGACACGACGCCUUGCUUUGUGUCGAGGCAUUAUACCCAGGGGAUGACUUAGUACUCCAUAAAGUACUACGACAGCAGUGGCGCAUUCCAGACAUGCUUGAAGCCAAAGGCUAUCGUUGGGGCCAGAAAAUACGGGUUAACUCCUACGUUUAUGUUGUUGAUAAGGAGUGCCAAAUUAUAUGGUGUCAAUCCAAUCCCGACCAUGUACACAUGAAUCGGCUUCCGACAACCGAAUUGAGAAAUAUUCAGGGAUGUAUUCAGUCCGUUCACUAUACAAAAACUGGGAGCCAAAUUCACAUUCAAUUUUUGACUCUCACAAAUAUCAUGGAUGUUGCCUCAAAUCCCAGCACUUCAAAAUGUUUAGUCUUGCUCUUGACGUACUUUCCAAUGUCAUCAGCGCUCCAGCUCAGUUUGCGCGAGGGAGCUAGUGUGGAAGUUUACAACGUGCAUGCUAUUGACAACGACCAAACAUAUGCGGCUUGUCUACGAUCCAAAAUAUGUCUCCGGCGGCUGGCGAUUGACGGGCCAGCGCCUGGAGCGAAAAUUCCCCCCACAAUGAAGAAAGAGAACUGUCGAGGCAAGGGUUUGCCUCUCCCUAUUCCAUACUCAUUCUUGAAGAUACGCCGAUCAUAUCACGAGUGGGUACUACGAAUACGCCUGGAAAAUUGGCUCAGCCAAGCUCGUUGGCGUGUUCCAAUUGGCUGCCGAAUGCCUUUUCUGGACGAGCUCAUUUCCUUCUGGUUUCCCGAGAGCUUCCCACAAAAAAGGCCCGCACGCAACCCAUAUGCUGAGUUCUUUGAUCACGCUUUUUUGGAAUAUCCCUGUGAGAAAAGAACAAAACCACAGCCCAUAUACGGCUGUCACCUGUCUACAAACACAAAACCGUUUUCAAUGCCUUCGUUUCUUGAUUUGGCGGCGAUACAAACACAUGCUUUCAAUGCUCUUUCUUCCAAGUUGGAUCGCCUUUUUGAAAUAGGGACAGACCUACAGGUAGGAUGGCAUGCUGCCUUUGUUCUUGAACCGUGGGAUCUGUCCAGCAACUCGCAACCCUUUUCGAAAGGCGAACACGUGUACACAUCAGGAUUUGGCCAUGGCAAACACCACAACAACUUCACCAGUCUCUCAUUGACGACUGGUGGAGUAAUUCUGCCAGUAUCGGGCCUUUGCAUAAACGCGGAUGUCCGGACCCUUGCAGCAGCCACGGAAUUUUUUAUUGGUAGGCUUCGAUCCAUUGUGGUCUCUUGUCUCUGUGUUGGCUUUUCGUCAAAUGAUUCGCGUUCGGACCGCCACUGCCGUAAAGUACUACUUCCUCCGCCCGAGAGUGAGCAAAAUAACGCGACCGGAUGCUGUGCAAUACUAGAAAUCCAAGGUUUACUGUUGAUUGCGUCCUUUUGCUUGGAUUGCGACGAGAUGCGUACGAUCAAUAGUGGCUGCUCCGUUUUCGAUGCCAACGACGAACCUAUAGGUACUGAGCAUUCCGUUCGAGACUUACUUGACCCACUUUCUGCGAAAAGCCAGGUACCAGGAUCCGCUGUUGGCCUUUUGGUACGCAAGUCGAUGAAAUUGGCUAAAAUCCGGAAUUGCGAGUUCAACGGAUUGAUGCUGACUUUAUCGCAAGCACCACUAAUCUCCUCAAUCGACGAGUUUUCAUGUAUACAGUCAAUCGAGAUUAAGCCACCUGUGCGAGUUAAUGAAUCAUGGCGAAUACAAAUACGUCGCUGGAUCACCUCAGGGCUAGGCGCGACAGUUACCGAGGAUCAGCUAUCUCUUAUUCUCGUGUGGUGGACACUUGCCAGCUCGGCGAGCACUUGUGCAUUACUCUCGGGAGGGUGGGAUGAAUUUCAAGGUAUUUCCGCUCCCUCGAUCGCUUCCACUUGUGGUGUGCUUGUACGAUUUCCGUCCGCAUCGGCACAGCAAGAUGCUAAACGAGGGUAUGUUCGCUUACGUUGUGCAGUAGAUGAUCUAUCCGCGUCUUUCUUUUUCCCUAUUUCAAAUGCUGCACCAACCGACGCAAACCUAUCGGAGGAUGCGUUUCAUUUUUCUGGGGGAGAAAGGUUCUUGACCGGUAUGUUGAAUCGUCGAGUCACUCGAACACGAUCUCAUCUAGCCUCCUCCGAGGAUGAAACACGGUUGUUGCCAAUCUUGGGCGACCUGUUAUUGCCACCCACCGCCAGUGAAAUUCCCUCUUGUACCUUGGCCGACUUGCACUUGGCCAUCUGUCGAGAUCUUCGCCAGCCCGGAAGCGCACAUCUCGCCCCGUCGUUGGUCCGUGAGAUUCGCAAUGCGACAUUUCUAAGCGUCUCGUAUUGUAGCGCCCAAGCCCAAUGCUCCAAGUGUUUCCAGACACUAGUGAAUCCUUCCGCCAAUGGCGACGGACAGAAAGAGAAAAAAGGAGACGAAGGCAACGGCUUGGUGCGGACUCUGAGUAGGAAUCUUGACCGCGAGGGCGUGAUCGGCCCAAGCUACUGGGAUCGGCCCCUACCGAACGAACCGAUGGUUUGUCCUGCCAUACCGCCGACAAGUCCGCCCAUAUCAGCGCCACGGCCUCAAGUUAACAGUCGUGAAGGAACUCAUCUCCGUUGUCCUAAUAAUUGUAACGUGAACUACCACGGAAGCAUCAAAUGGGAGUGUAGUGGUGUACUGGACGAUGGUACGGGUCAAGCGAAAUUGUACGCCGAACGGGAGGCGGCGCUGUCGUUGCUCGGAAUGAGCGCGAUUGCUAUGCAAGCUGUCGAGGCCGGAGCUUGGGUGUCGGACCGGGGCAUCGUAUUUGUCAAGACGGCGCCACCAGCCCCGCACAUUCGGAGUGCCGUAGUCAUGGCGCGGUCGUUGGCGCGGGAAGCCUUGCGGUUGCGUUCCGGAGGACGGCACCACCGGGUGGUUUUGCAGGAAUCGGACGUGCUGCCGUAUUUGACACCGAGCACACAGGCGGCGUACUGUUUGGAGCGACACGGUCGGAGCUCGGUGUUGCCCUUGCGGGAGGUAUCGUAUCUGGUCCGAUGCAAACCGUUGUCGGAUCACGUAUCGCAUUUGAAUCAUACAGAAGUCGAUUUAGCCGUGCCUGGUCCCGACGGGUCUAGAGCCUCCCGACCGACCCCUUCGUACGCACUGCCUCCGCUUAAACUGACCUUGGUCGACACUUGUGAUACGGUAGGAUGCUUACGCCCCUACAUCAAUUUGGGCGUGUCGGCACGCACACUGAGACCAAUUCGGAAGCUUCUACUUGGGUUGCACAAACUCUUUGAGAUAUUUUGUGGGUCGGAAGCGCACGCGUUCUUUGGCGUCAACGUGGAUGGCUGCUCCCGUGCGGGGAUUGCGGCCGGUCCGUUCCUUGGUACGCACGGUGGUGAAGAUACCAAACUUGGUUACCGAUACGGACUUGCCCUCGGCCAAUGUCUGCAACAAGAAGACCGGAUAAGCGAAAGACAAAAGAUAUGUAUGGGUUCGAAUGAGUAG